GCCACCAGAAGGAGGAAAAUUCACCAAAUGCAUCCAAGAAAUUCUUGAUAAGGGUCCAGAUGUAGUAGACGAAAGUUCGUGGAGUGAUAUUGAUUUUAUCAAAAAGCUGAACCCUUUAGGAGCUUUUUACUCAAUAAGUAAGACCUUAAUAGAAAAAGUUGUUUUAAAUUUUGCAGAAAAAAAUGGACGAUCUUGUUUGUGUGAAUCAUGCUUGGGUUCUUGGCCCUUUUAUUACUCCUCAAUGCCCUGAAGUUGAACCUGUUUCCUUGGCUAUGAUUCUAGUUGUUAAAGAAUUCAAGUUCCCACGCCCUUCUUCCAAGAAACUAUUGGACACUGGGUUCAAGUUCAAAUACAAUCUAGAAGAUAUGUAUGAUGGAGCCAUUGCUUGCUGUAAACAAUAUGGUUUACUCUAAGUUGGGAUGAUGACAAUGUGACAGCAAUAAGAUAUAUAUAGCAAAAUAAAUCUUCUUGUUUGAUGAAUCUUUAGAAUGUAUUUCUGCUAAUAAAAAACAUAUCUCGCCGUGUCUGUGUACUUUGUUUUUAUAUUUAUGAACAAGAAAA